GUCAUAGAACUAUUUUACUUUUCUCUUGGAGAACCUUUUUAACAUCCCUAAGAAAAUGAAGGUUACUAUACCGAUUUUUGCCAUAGUUCUUUGUGGCCUAACUGUUGUCGAGUCUCAAAAUUGCCAGGAGUGCAUUUCGGACAAUGAAGUUUACUGCGUAAACCAAACUUCAUAUAGGAAUUGUUUGAAAAGUAGUCCCUUUGGCAAUGUGAUAAACUGUCCCACAGGAACGGUUUGCACUAAUUCCAAUGACGUUUGUGUGCAAAGUUCCGAAGUUACAGGAACUAUAAUAGAUGUGUGCGGAACCUCUGGAGGUAUCGGAUGUGCAACAUGCACAGAUACUAAUUACGCUUGUGUCAGCAAAACUCAAUUUGCGAGAUGUUCUAAAGAAGCUCUAAUAGAUGCGAAUGUCUAUAGUUGCAAUACUGAUGAGAUUUGUAGCUCGACAGCUCUUAAGAAGUACGGCAAUAUCUGUGUGCCCUCGUGCGCUCGUGAUUUCCUGGAUUUAAACGCUACGUGCAGCAACAGUGAAUACUCGACGACGACUACUGCAGCUCCGUCAACUGUUUCACCCAGUGCUGAUGAUAAAAUUAGUGCCUGUACCCAGGCAGAAAAGGACCUUGGGGUACCAUCAAACACCACCUACUUCCUCACAAUAUAUAAAGCCGAUAUUACCUGUCAUACUUAUCUGUACUGCCAAAGAAAUGUUGACGUCAAAUGGGAAACCGUAUAUAUGUCCUGUUCAUCAUCCCAGCCAUAUUACGAUUCUAAAAAAAACGUAUGUGUGGGAACGAAGCCAACAGGUUGCCCUUAAUUCGACUAAAUAUGGCACUAACUGCAGAAUUAACUAUAUAUCAGGACCUUUUAAUAUACUUUAAAAGUUAUCUUCUUGAUAUUAAAAUGUAUAUUUGUCAAAAAAAAAAUAAAAUACACGUCACUAUUUUUUA